UCUUUCACACUGCUGAAUUGGGGCAAGUCCAAGUUGAGUCGCAAUUAACUUAGGCUUGAGUUAUGAUCCUAGUCUGAAGUGUUCACUUGUUCCACGAUAACAUCCAAUCGUUUUUUCUUCUAUCCGAUGGUAUUAUUAAGUCCCACCCCUCCUAAUAGGGCGAGAGGGAUCCCGUUUCCUUCCUCUUCGUCACCAAACGGCCAACCAAUCUUCUUAUCUUCACAGAGCUACAAAUGCCAUGGAAGCCAUCAAGAAGCUCCAUGCCCAUCUCAUUGUCACAGGACUAUAUAGAUGUUCAUCUGCCAUGCCCAAAGUCCUCACCUCCUAUGCUCUCUCCUCAACUAACCUAACCCAUGCCCGUCUAGUCUUCGAGCAGAUAGAAGACCCAAAUAUUUAUACUUGGAACACGAUGAUCAGAGGAUUAGCGCAAAGUGAUACACCCAAAGAUGCCAUCUUUUUCUACAACCGAAUGCGAGAAAGAGGUCAGGCGCAAGAUAAUCUGACCUUCCCUUUUGUACUGAAGGCCUGCGCGAGAGUUCUGGCAACUAGAGAAGGCAAAAGGAUACACUCAAAUGGCUUGAAACUUGGUUUGGUAUCGGAUGUCUUCAUUUCGAAUGCCUUGAUUCAUCUUUAUGCCUCAUGUGGCGACUUGAGCUGCGCAAGAUUGCUUUUUGAUGAAAUGCCUGUGAGAGAUUUGGUAUCUUGGAACUCACUGAUUUGUGGGUAUAGCCAAAACAACCAGUUGAGGGAGGUACUGAGACUUUUUGAAGCAAUGCAGAAAGAGGGAGUGACGGGUGAUAAGGUGACGAUGGUGAAGGUUGUUUCAGCUUGCACUCAUAUGGGAGAGUGGGAGCUGGCCGAAUCAAUGGUCAAGUAUAUAGAGGAGAAUUGUGUGGAGGUUGAUAUUUACUUGGGCAAUACUCUGAUAGAUUACUAUGGCCGACGUGGAUUGGUGGAAUCAGCUCGAAGGGUAUUCAGUGAGAUGAAGGAGAGGAACAUUGUAACUUUAAACACCAUGAUUACAACGUAUGCAAAAUCAGGGGAUUUAGUUUCUGCAAGGAGGAUCUUCGAUAGUAUGCCUGGGAGGGAUUUGAUCUCCUGGAGUUCAAUGAUUACGGGGUAUUCUCAAGCAAACCAUUUCUCUGAAGCACUGGUGCUUUUUCGGCAAAUGCAGAAGGCAAAGGUAAAGCCGGAUGAGAUCGUGGUAGUUAGCGUGCUCUCUGCUUGUGCACAUUUGGGUGCGCUUGGUCUAGGGAAGUGGAUUCAUAAUUAUAUUCGAAGAAACAACAUUAAGGCAGAUAUUUAUGUGGGUAAUUCUUUGAUCGAUAUGUAUUCAAAGUGUGGAUGUGUGAUGGAGGCAUUCAAAGUGUUUGGUGGAAUGAACGAGAAGGAUACUCUGUCAUGGAAUUCAAUUAUAUUAGGGUUAGCAAAUAAUGGCUACGUGGAAAGUGCAUUGGAAGUUUUCUCUGAUAUGUUGAAGGAAGGAUUUCAGCCCAAUGAUGUUACUUUCCUUGGCGUCCUGAUUGCUUGUGCUCAUAGUGGAUUAGUUGAUAAGGGGUUAGAAUAUUUUGAGAGUAUGAAAGAAAUUCAUGGGGUGGUGCCUCAGAUGAAGCAUUAUGGAUGUGUGGUGGAUCUCCUUAGUCGUUCAGGUGAACUGGAAAAGGCUCACAGAUUUAUCACAUAUAUGCCAAUGAGACCAGAUCCUAUUAUUUGGCGGACAUUGUUGGGAGCUUGCAAGGUAUAUGGCGAUGUAACUUUAGCUGAGAUUGCCACCAAGAAGCUUCUUGAGUCGGAUCCUAGUAACAGUGGAAACUAUGUUCUGUUAUCGAAUGCUUAUGCAAGUGCAAAUAGGUGGUAUGAUGCCAUGAAAGUGAGGGAGAUGAUGGCAGAUACCGAUGUGGAGAAGAUACCUGGUUGUAGCUCAAUCCAAGUUAGUAACUUGGAAGGGGAGUACAAAACUGCUAAAGUUCCAAUCUUGACAAAGAAUCAAGUUGCUGUUGCCUGAUAUACUUGGGUUCCAUGAUACUGAUUGAUGGACAACCAAAUUAAUGGCAUUAGCAUGCACUUCAGAGUUUGAGGAACAGGGUUCCAUUCCAGAAAGCCUAAUUAUUUCCUGAACAGUAGCCCGUCAACUAGAUAUAUAAAGCAAGCAGAUAAAAUUAAAGAAGGCUUUAUUUUUUGAAAACUAUAAAGAAAGCUAUGUUUAAAACUCAGAAAUCAUAUUUGUUAGUUACACUAGUUCAAAGCAAGUCAGAAAAAAUGCAGGAGGAAAUCUGUUUGACAGGCUAAUUGAACAUCUGUGCAUAGUGAAUCCGGACGAACAUAUGGAACAGGAACUACAUCAGGCUUUACCAGGACACAGAGCUCCUUGUAAAUCAGAAUUGAUUCAGGAAAAAAUCAACCUAGGUGAUUUGGAGAGUGUAAAUUUGAUAUAGACCCUGCUUUUCUUUGCUAAGCAUCAUGUGGCAAACUUCAAGGGUGGCUGAAUGACUUGUGGACCAUGCUGACAUUUACUCUUGAUCAUCGUUAUCAUCAUGUUUUUGAUGAAAAGAAGAAUCUCCUAAUCCUUGAAAGAACCUGGGCAUGGUCUUAUUCUUCAGCAGACAACGUAGCAGAAACUGGAAAGACAAAUAAACUUCUGGUUCUGGCUGUGACAACAGGCCAUUGCAGAUGGUAGGACUCCAAAGAGAAUGUUGCAUAUACUCCAGCAAAAUCUAGAGAGAGAAAGCUGCACGGAAGAAAGAAGCAAUCAAGAUGGGAAUGUAAGUAUGACAUGUCACAAGGAUACCACUCAUACUAGACCUAGCAUCCAGAAGUACCGUUCCAUUUGUGCUCUUACUGCUAAGACCUCCAACAGGGCUUUCACUAAGAACUCCCAUUGCCUCCUCUUGAUUCAGUCCACUGGAGAGCAUCUGAGGCUCCCCUCCAGAAAUAAAAGCUUGCGCAAAAGUCCUGACCUUUUUGCUACCUCUGGUUCCCAUUUGGAAAAGUCACUACUUAGAGAACAUUCCAUCUGUUUCUUGUGAAACCUCUCUGCAAUCAACUUUACUGUAUCCACUAGCUGCUUUGGAAACCUGACAGAAUAACCAAUCAAACUUGCGGCCAGUGCGGCAAAUGCAAACCUGGAACAGCAGGCAAGGCAGAGGAGGAGUUAGCAGAGAGCAACAGCUUAGCGACAUCCAUGACCUUAAAACAAGGAAACAGAGCAUGAGCUAUGAUUGGAUUAAUCGAAGGAAACUGCCGAACAACAAGAGAAACCAAUGCCAGAGGUGCAUGCAGUCAAAAGAGAGAAGCUGAGGCUGGCAUAGACAAAGGCGACAGAAGCUCCAAAAGUUGGCCCCAUGGUUUCGGUUGGCAGAGCUGUGAAGCCCGCCUCCUUCAUCCUCUUCCAUGGCGACGAAGCUGAGUUCCACAACCAGGACAAUCAAGGAGACCACAGACCCACGAGAGGAUGAUGGCUAUGGUGGAAGUACCAGGCCCUGAUCCAAUGAUGGCCGGGGGAAGGCUGAGCAUUUCCAGGCCCGACAGCAAUGCCUAUGAUCAGACUGACAGCGUCCAGAAGCUCUUAUUCUUGAUUCCAUGGUUGAGAGAGCUUAGAUACUAUCAUUAUUUUGCUUUACAGUUUUGCCAGAUUGCAGAGAAGAAACCAGAUGUCCUGUUCCUCCAAGUCAACUACGAGCAGAGCCACAAGCCACAAGGUUGCUUAUGUUGCUUUAGCUGCACAAACGCAACAAUCAAGAAAUUUAAAGAUGCAUUUUGCUAAACGCAACGCAGGGAGGUGGAGCCGUGGGCCAGCCAAGGAUCUUGAGGAAAAAGAGAGCUCUUGGCUCUGGCCGCAAACAAAGCUCUCUCCUUCAACUACUCGGAGAAACCAUUGCUGCUUCCCACAGCAUAUGAUAUCGCAACUUCGGGAUGCCCCAAAUUCCCAGCCUCUACAAUCCCAGUAGCCGUUAAGAGAUUCUGAAGAUAAGAACCUUGUCGCCGCUUAAAUUAGAUUUGGUGGUGGUGGACGAGAGAGAUCCCAUUUUUGAUCUCUCGCUCUUUAGAUUCUCUUUUCUUUUUCUUUAUUUAUUUAUUUUUGUACAGAUUUCUUUUUAGGUGCGGCCUGUGCACUUUGCUAUCUGUAAGUAGGAGGAGGCAAUAAAAGAGAAAAACUUGAUUAUCUUA